ACAUGCUUUAAAGGCCUGUCUGUUAAAUGCUCAACUUGCUCUCUGAGUGCCAGUUUUCCUUGUGGGCUCAUUUUGUAGACUCUCAUAGGGAUGCUCCCCAUCCUCUCACUUCCUGUCUGCCUCAUGGUAAGUGCUGGUUUCCCCAGUAAUGUUCACUUACUACAGCUCCUUCACACUGCUCAUUGCCUGCUUGCCCUGUUCUUCUUGUGCCCAAAGCUGCUCCUACCUUCAGCCCAUCCUCAGUGUGUGUUGUGUCCAUACAAUACCCAGGACUCACUGUGCACAAACACUGCCUGACCAGCGCGCUCUCUCAUUGGUGCUCUGACUCUGUACUAUUAUUUCCUGUCGCCAUAAGAGCUCUCUCUCAGAGACUGGCCGCCACUGACCUUUCUCGUCUACCUUGUACAUCCCUAUUGUCUGUCACUGCGCGCCAGUUUUGCUACUCGCUACCCUCUCUAGUACCUGCCUUCAGAGUGCUCACCUACCCCUCAGUUCCUGCCUGUAUUUUUACUCUGAGCAGCUCUCUCUCCCUGCCUGACUGAGCCCUGAGCGCUGUCCCUUUCCCAGUGCCUGGCUGCUGCCCCUGUACAGGACUCAGUCUGACUUGGUUACAAUCAUUGUUUGGUCGCAGCAUUAACCACAUUCCUCGCGGCCCUAGUACGCUUGUCUCCUUCCGCACAUUCCUUGUCCGUGCAGAGAGAAAAAAAAAAGGCACAGAAAAGAGUCCCUCCCUCCUUGCCAUUUCUUCCCUCCCAGUUCCCAUCUGGUCUGUCUCUCCGCCUGUUCUCUAGUCAGACCCACCUACCCCCUCUGCUUGACGGCUCCUCUUUAUGUCUCCUCGGUCCUGUUUCAGGAACCUUCAUGCAUUUUGUUUCGUAAAACAAGAAAGAAAGAGACAGAGGGAGGGGGGCAAGAGACCGGGAAAUUCCUCCGCACAGCAUGCCAUUGACUCAACAUCAACUUAGUUAAGGCUCAAGUGACAUAAGGGAUUCUUUUUUAUUUCCCGGGCUCCUUCCCUGACUCCCCCUCCUGCUGGAAGCACAAGAAGCACAAGAAGAAGAAGCAGCAGCCGUGUGCCAGUGGAGGAAGAGGAGGCAGGACAUGGAGAAGUACGAUGAGGACAUUGCACUGCAGGCCAGCAAGUUCCUGGAGGAUCUGUCCCUGUGUGAUGGGCACAGCAGGCUGUACGGACCGGUGGGGGACAUGCUGCUCUCCAAUGAUCACAUUCUGGUGGCAGAUCACCGAGGGAGAAGGCUGAACGGCAGCCUGGCACAGUAUCUGCCUCACUCCUCCUCGGACAAAGUUUACCCACCAGGGUCUUCCCAGCUGAGAUCUAUGAAUGGCAGCAGAGGAGAUGGAUACAUGGACGAGGGCAUUUACAAGUCAGAUGUGGCCUUGCCAUGCUACAGUGGGAUCUCUGAGAAGAACAAGAGAUACUCUGCAGAGCUGUAUAGACACAGCUGUGGAAACUCAUUUGAGGGUGUCCCCAUCAGUGCCAAACAGGGUGGCAUUACUGCAUUAUACUCUGGGGGCAAGAUGAGCAACUCGUGCAUGAGUGCUACCAGCCCCAGGUCUAGUAUGGCAUCCUCCGCCUCGUCCUCUCAGGAGCACAGCAAGUAUUCCAGCCCUAGAUCCAGUAUCAGUUCCAAUGCCCUUUCGCUUGACAAAUUCUCCAGUCCCAGGUCCAGCUUGGUUGUGCCAGGGCAGCAGGAGAAAUACACAAGUCCCAGAUCUAGUUUGGGGCAGUAUGAGGGUGGGGUGUUGAGUCCGAGGUCUAGCUAUGCUAGCACCACUAGUGAUACUAGCAAACACUCAAGCCCCAGGGCAAGCUUGACUAGUUAUGACUGUGGAAGCAAGCCCAGCAGCAACCGCACUAGUGGCAUCAGUAUGGGCUAUGAUCAGAGGCACAUCAGUCCCAGGUCCAGCACAGCAAGUCAGUAUUCAUGCACCACUAGUCCGAGGUCUAGCUAUUCAGAUUCACGGUAUGUGCCAUCAGGCAACCCUGAUUUAGAUGGUGUAGGAGGUCAUGGGAGUCUUGUAAGCCCCAGGUCUAGUAUGUGCCUACAGGAAGGUAGAUCUGCCACCUUGGGCAGCUGCAACCCAUCUGUGGUUAGCCCUAGGUCCAGUAUUUCAAGCCAUAGCUCUCGCAGCUCCAGAAGCUCCAGGGGAUCUAUGGGGGCCUAUACUGAUCUCACAGUACCCUCUCCCAGGUCUUCCAUGCUAGGAACAAGUCUACAAGAGGAGACUCUUGUACAGGAUCUAGGUGAGGCAUGUCACUACAAGGUCCUAACUCAGUCACCUCCAAGACAGGAGCAACAUCAAACCAUCACCUCAAGUCAUGAUCUCAAUUCUGGAGCUGUAGCAUCUUACAACUUCAGCUCUGCCAAAGGAUCUGCUACAGUGCACCGGUUCAAACUACCUUAUCAAGUAACCCCAUCUAGGGAGAGUGGACCUAGUCAGGCAGAGAGAAGGCUAGAAGCUCUGACCUUGGAACUAGAGAAGGAGCUUGAACUGCACAUGAAAAAAGAAUAUUUUGGUAUUUGUAUAAAAUGUGGUAAAGGUGUUUAUGGAGCAAGCCAGGCCUGUCAGGCAAUGGGAAAUCUCUAUCAUACAAACUGCUUCACAUGCUGCUCUUGUGGGAGAAGACUUAGAGGUAAAGCUUUCUACAAUGUCAAUGGGAAGGUAUACUGUGAAGAAGAUUUCUUGUAUUCUGGCUUUCAGCAGACGGCAGACAAGUGUUUUGUUUGUGGGCAUCUGAUAAUGGAAAUGAUCUUACAGGCCCUGGGGAAGUCUUACCAUCCAGGCUGCUUUCGCUGUGUGGUUUGUAACGAAUGUUUGGAUGGAGUCCCUUUUACCGUUGAUGUGGAAAACAAUAUUUACUGUGUCAAAGAUUACCAUACAGUUUUUGCACCCAAAUGUGCCUCCUGCAACCAACCGAUUUUACCAGCACAGGGAUCAGAAGAAACGAUACGAGUAGUAUCAAUGGACAAAGAUUACCACGUGGAGUGUUAUCACUGCGAGGACUGUCAGCUACAGCUGAAUGAUGAAGAAGGCCGUCGGUGCUACCCAUUGGAAGGACACCUGCUAUGCCACAGCUGCCACAUCAGACGUCUAAGUGUCAACGUCCCUCCACACCAACCUCCCAGCUACCCCAUGCAUGUUACAGAACUCUAAGUAGGAACAAAAAGCAAGAUAGUAGGAGAAGCCCAUGUUGAUUGGGGAGGAGAGGAGAAAGACGUCAGUCAUCCUGUCCUGUAACACUUCUGGUACAAUAUGCACAUGAUGGUUACCCUAACCUGCAUUCACACCAGUGGUGGGGUUUUGAUCCUUCUGAUGGUAAAGGAUUGAGCAAAUAGUGGCCCCCAGAAAAAAAUAAAACAAAGUGCCAUUUACUGCUGCUUUCGUGAACCCUGGUAUUAUCUUUGUGCACUUCUCCAGAACUAUGAGAUGGCGAGAACAGUACUUUUAGCAGCAAACGAAUAAUCAGACAUUGUACUUUAUUAUUUAUUGUCCCCUCGAAUGUCCCUGGAUACUGGGUAUAUGACAGUAGUGAGCAGCUAUCCAUCAACCAUAGUAGUCUGGGAUCUCCUUAACAUUAGCACUUAUAACUAUUUUAAUGACAUACAUUUCUGUUUGAACUAGUUGGGUCUGGCUUUGUGCCUGUUUUAUUGAAGCAUCAAAAAAAAAAAACUACUGCAGGAUCUUUGGUCAUAUUCCAAGUAUUUUGUCUUAUGCAGUGCAAGAGGUUUCCUAGCUGCCAUAGUGUUAAAUCUAUUUGAGAUCCAUAAACAUUUCUGUACAUUGUAAACAACAUUGUAUAAAGUACACACAAUCAUUUGUUUCCUCCUUCAA